AUGGGCCGUAAUAAGAAUGCUAUUCUUGGCUUCUUGAAGGAUAAGAUGCAGAAGAGAAUUCAGAGUUGGGAGGGUCGCUUGCUCUCAAAAGCGGGAAAAGAGGUAUUGAUCAAAACAGUGGCUCAAUCUUUUCCUACCUAUGCUAUGUCUGUUUUCUUGUUGCCGGUGGAAACUUGUAAUAAGCUAGAAGAUUUGAUUAAGGAGGGAGCUCAUCGGGUGGUUGGUCCAGGUACGAACAUUAGUGUUCAAUUUGAUCUGUGGCUCGCGGAUGAUUCUCAACCGUGGGUUACUUCUAGUGCUAAUGGUAUGGAGACGUGGACGAUUAAUGAUCUCAUGGUGGUAGGAGAACGGGCUUGGGAUCUAGAGGUGGUUUUGGAUAUAUUCAAUGACCGAGAUAAAGAGAUUAUCAUUCGAACCAACAUUGAUCAGGAGACUCUCAUUGACACUUGGUAUUGGCAUAAGGAUCUUCAUGGUUUCUAUACUAUGAGGGAGGCAUAUCGAUUGUUGCACCAUUCAGAGAUCACUAAUACUAGUGAAUUUGAGAUUAAGAUAUGGAAAAUUGCAUGGAGGCUUCAUGUCCCCCCCAAAGUGCACCAACUCAUGUGGCGUGCUUUAUCUGGUUGUUUGGCUACUAAGCCACAUUCUGCUACAACACUCAUCCACGGCCCAAGAAGAGCUGCUCAUGGUUCUUUGGGCGAUUCGAGAAAUGCUCAACAACGGAGAAUGGGGUCUUUACUUGUUCCUACGGGCUCAAGAAUGGACUUAGAGCAUUGGGUGAAACCGGUUAUGGGAAAGAUUAAGGUUAAUGUCGAUGGUGCAAUCUUUGCAAGUGACGGUCGAUUUGGAGCGGCAGGGGUGGCCCGGGAUUAUCAGGGUCGAUUCAUUGAAGGCUUCACAGUGUUACGAGUGGGGCGUGUGGAUUCGGCUAUGGCCGAAUUGGUAGGGGUGAAGGAGGCUUUGAAUUGGAUAAAGAGGAAACAAUGGGGACCGGUUGAGGUUGAAACUGCUUCUUUGGUUGUUAUCCAGGCAGUCCAAAGCACGGUGGAUAUCCCUUCUCCUUUUGGCCUUCAGGUGGCAGCUUGUCAUUCUCUUAUGGCCGAUUUGCCGUUAGUCACAAUUAAUUUUGUUAAACGUUCUGUAAACAAAGCUGUACAUUGUCUUGCUCAUAGCUCUUGUUUAUAUCCAGAUCGUAUAUUUAGCGAGGAUAAUGUUCCCGCUGAUUUUCUGUCUCUUGUAAUGGUUGAAUCUUCUUAUUAA